ACAGACAGCUUGGAAAGGUUGGUGCCGUCACAUGCAGAUGCAGCUACACCACACGGAAAAGAGCCAGCCCACGCUCCAAUCAAACGCAGGAGUAGAAACACGCAAACCGCUCCUUCGCAAACAGAUUUGGUCGUCGAUGAGACGAGAUCGAGGGCGUUGAUCUCCGAUCCAACGGUGGUACGCGACCGACAGUAGGAGGGAGGAUACGAGCUCGUCUUCUUCUUCCUCUUGGCUCCAACCAAUCGCUCUUCUUCCCCUUCUGGCUCCCGCCGCGGUUCUUCCUCCUCGUUUCCGGCAAUUCGAGGAUAUUUCUCGCCGUGGUGGGACCGAGAGAUCAGCCGUCGGGAGGAGCGGCUGCCUGCGGGCGGGAGAGGAGAUGAUCACGCGAGCCAAGCUCGUGGAGCAGCUGCGGGACCACCAGAUCCGGUCGGCCCAGUCCUACUCCGCCGCGCUCGCCGUCUUCUCGCCCAGCCCCCACAUCGCCUCCAGGAAGGAUCUGAAGGUUGCUCUCAUCUAUGCGGUCUUGUUUUGUUUUCUCAUGGUGUCCUGCUAUGUUGCCCUUUACUUGAAAUGGUUCAAACUUUCAGCCAUGUUUGUAAUUUUCGGAAUUCUUCUUCCAGUGAGUCUCAAAAUCUCUAGGCAUAGAAGGCUCAAGAGGAAAAGAGAAAGGAGAUUACUGUUACCACUGUCCAUGUGAAUAUGUUUCCAUAUCAUGUAACAUUUUCAGUAAAGUUGCUCAACUACAGAUAGGAAAUUCCCGGCAGAUUAACUCGAUUCACAGCCCCAGGUUACACUUUCCAGUUUCCAGAAUGCUGUAUGUCUCCUGUUUUUGCUGUUAUGCGCAUGCGUACAUAUGUGCCGACA